UUUUGGGUGUGAAUGUUAAACACAAUAAGGAAACCACGCGUCUGCCUUCAUUUUCAACUGCUACAGAACAAAGGAAUAUCCAUACGCAGCUUAGUAAAAUACUGUAUAAAAUACGUAUUUUCUUGUUCAAUCACAUUCACACACACACACAGAGAAGUAGUAUUAUAUAUUAGAAUUAUCAGUGCUUUUCUGCUUCUCUGAUUUUGAUGCAAAUGGAUAAACAUUAAAAAAUUAAAAUAAGUUUUUAAAAACAUUAAACUAAAAACAGAAAUAUAUAGUUGUUCUUUGUCCGUAUCAAUUCAUGUCCCUACUGACAUUUUUUGAAGGUGUAUCAGAGGAAAAACUAGCAACAAAUUGCCGGUUAGUAUUUUAAGCACCGAGAGGUUCUUAAAAGAUGCUUAAAAGGAGAAACAAGUUGCUUUAGAAGAGGCAUGUUUAUUCAGUCCAAUGGCCGACUCUGCUGUAGAAUCUGAUGCGUCUGGCCCGAGAUUUAUAAGCAGCUCAUUUUUCAAUUUUCCUGGGUUUUUUGUGGGGUUUGGUUCUAGAGGUUCAUCCGAUACUGACUCAGUUAGGAGUCCAACGUCUCCUCUUGAUUUCAGUUUCUUCUCAAGUCUUAGUAACCCGUUUGGCCAUAGGUCCCCAAAAUCACCAACACAAAUUGACCAGCAAAAGAAAUGGAAUAGCAGUAAAGUAGGUCUUGGCAUCAUAGAUUUACUUGCUGAUGAAAGUAAACCGCCUGCUGCUGUUCUUAACUCCCAAAAGAGAAAGAAUAUUAUCUUUGGAUCGCAGGUGAAGACCGGUUUUGCGGGGAGAUCCAACUCGUUGCCUAUAGACUACAUGCUUUUGAUACUACCAGAAAGCAGAACUCCUAAACCCCAAUUAGGUAAAUCAAAUUCUGAUGUCGUCUUCGGUGACGAAGGAGUCGGGUUAGACUGUAAACCAUUUGAAACCUCUUCGCCAAUUAGCUUAUCCCCAAAAUCCCCUUUGAGCUCUAAGAAGUUUUGUUCGGAGAAUAGAAAUACUAGUAUCAGAAGUUUCUCACUUUCUGAUGACGGCGAUAAGAAAACAGAUGAUUCUUCCGAAAGCAGAUCAAGUUCACUUCCAGUACCUAUUGGCUCAAGCAGUGGACGUGUAGCUUCUCUCUCUGCACGUGAGAUUGAGCUUUCUGAGGAUUAUACGUGUAUAAUUUCUUAUGGUCCAAACCCGAAAACAACUCACAUUUUCGGUGACUGUAUUUUGGAAUGUCACACAAAUGAGUUGUCCAAUUUUGACACGGAGUCUGCAUUUCCUCAAGAGGUUAAUUGCCCGGAGGGUUCGACUCCGAUCCCAUCUGAUGAGUUUUUGAGCUUCUGUUACUCUUGCAAGAAAGAGUUGAAGACAGAAGAUGACAUUUAUAUGUGCAGAGGUGAGAAAGCAUUUUGCAGUUUUGAUUGCGGCGCUGAGGAAAGUUUUGAUGAGGAUGAGACAGGGAAUACUUAUGAUAAUUCCCCUGAGGACUCUUCCAAGUGCAGCUACCAUGAAGAUCUUUUUCUAACUAGUAUGCCAAUUGCAAUGUAAGCGAUAAAGAAGUGGAUCAUCGACUCUUGAAGAGCUGUUUAUCUGCAGCCAUGGAUGAUCUCAGAGGUGAAUCAUGCUGUUGUAUUGUUUUUGUUUUUGUAGUUGAGGCAUAAACAUGAUGUCUAGAUUGUUGUGAUCCUACAUUCUUAAUUAGAUGGGUUAAAAGUGGCCAAGAGCCCUCACUCAUCAGUUUUUACCCAUUUAAAGUAUCCUAAGAGUUCAUGUAGUGCCGUUGGAACCUUUUAAAAUCAAUACUAAAGAUACUUUUCUCUUCA